CUUGCAUGCCCCAGCCAUCUCGCGGCUCACAGACCCCGGCUGGUCGCCUACCCCGUCAUGUUGCUCCCAGCCCCCGCUCGCCACCUCCCGGGACUUCUGCUGCUGCUCUGGCCGCUGCUGCUGCUGCCGCCCCCUGCCGCUCCUGGACCUUUGGCCCGGGCGAGCGUCCGCCGGCUGGGGACACGUGUCCCCGGGGGCAGCCCCGGGCAUCUUCCUGCUCCGGCGUCUCCCGCCCGCACGCCUUAUUCCGGGGCCCGCGGUGCAGGUGUUUGCAAGAGCCGGCCUCUGGACUUGGUGUUUAUCAUUGAUAGUUCUCGUAGCGUCCGGCCUCUGGAAUUCACCAAAGUGAAGACCUUUGUGUCCCGCAUCAUUGACACUCUGGACAUCGGGGCAGCCGACACCAGGGUGGCUGUGGUGAAUUAUGCCAGCACUGUAAAGAUAGAGUUCCAGCUCAACACCUACUCAGACAAGCAGGCCCUGAAACAGGCCGUGGCUCGGAUCACACCCUUGUCCACAGGCACGAUGUCGGGGCUGGCUAUCCAGACAGCGAUGGAGGAAGCCUUCACUGUGGAGGCAGGAGCCCGGGGCCCCAUGUCUAACAUUCCCAAGGUAGCUAUUAUUGUGACUGAUGGGAGACCCCAGGAUGAAGUGAAUGAGGUGGCUGCCCGGGCCCGGGCAUCUGGCAUUGAGCUGUAUGCUGUGGGUGUGGACCGGGCCGAUAUGGAGUCCCUCAAGAUGAUGGCUAGCAGGCCCCUGCAGGAGCAUGUGUUCUAUGUGGAGACCUAUGGAGUCAUUGAGAAGCUCUCUGCUAGAUUCCAGGAAACUUUCUGUGCUCUGGACCCGUGUGUGCUGGGCACACACCAGUGUCAGCACGUGUGCAUCAGUGAUGGGGAUGGCAGGCACCACUGUGAGUGCAGCCAAGGGUACACUUUGAAUGCCGACCGGAAAACAUGCUCAGCUAUUGACAAGUGUGCCCUCGGCACUCAUGGGUGUGAACAGAUCUGUGUGAAUGACAGAAAUGGCUCCCACCACUGCGAGUGCUAUGAAGGUUACACCUUGAAUGCAGACAGGACAACUUGUGCAGCUCAGGACAAAUGCGCUUCGGGUACACAUGGCUGCCAGCACAUUUGUGUGAAUGACAGAGCUGGGUCCCAUCACUGUGAAUGCUUUGAGGGCUACACUCUGAAUGCAGAUAAGAAAACAUGUUCAGUCCGAAACAAGUGUGCUCUGGGCACUCACGGCUGCCAGCACAUCUGUGUGAGCGAUGGAGCAGCAUCCUACCACUGUGACUGCUUCCCGGGCUACACCUUGAACGACGACAAGAGGACAUGUUCAGACAUUGAGGAAGCACGGAGCCUCAUUUCUGUAGAAGACGCCUGUGGCUGUGAAGCCACACUGGCGUUCCAGGAGAAGGUCAGCUCUCAUCUCCAGAAGCUGAACACCAAACUUGACAACAUUUUGAAGAAGCUGCAGGUUAACUGAAUAUGGGCAAGUGCAUCGUUAAACUGCUCCUAACUUCUCAGCUGGAAAUGUGGAGUGCUUGGUAUGCUCAACACUCAUUCUCUAAUACACUUUAUCUCUGAUGUUCCUGCUAAUAAUCUGCCAUUAUAAAUGCUUGACUAUUAUUCAGUAAACAGUAUGAGGGUUUCCUGGAGACUCAGUAUCAUUUUUCAUGGAAAUAAAUGUGCAUACCCUUAUGAAGAGCAAGCUUUAGUGUCUCUAAGCUGUGACUGUGAAAUCAUUAAUGACAUGAAAAGUGAAAAGUUUGAUGUUUUGUUAUCUACUGAUUGAGCCAUGUAAGUUUUAAACGUUUAUUAGUAAGAUGAUCAUAUUCGUAAAACUUUAUGACUCUUUUCUCUUGGUCAUAUUUAUAAUACAAGCCAGUCUUACUAUUGAGAGUGAAAAUUUUAUGAAAUAUUUAUACAGAAAAAGUUUCAAAUAAUUAAACCGAGAUGAAUAU